AUGCAACGCAGGAACUUUCCGCCGAAGCAUGUCGAUCCCGUUAACUACCACGUAGAGGAAGAAGAAGAGGAAGAUGAAGAAGAAGAAUUUGACCUCAUUGAAGCCAUGAAUGAGAUGACAGUGCACGAGCGCCGUAAGGUGUAUGCGCUUAAGGGACUGCUGAAUGAUUACAAGAGUGUGCGAGCUAAAUUCCGUGAGGAACUCGCACUUCUUCAGAUUCAAUUCAUGCAAUCUGCUCAAGGCCUGCGUGAUGUGCGCUCUGAGAUUGUGCGGGGUGUGCGUGAUAUCACUGAGGAUGAACUCGCGAAAGUGAAGGCAGCCACCGCAACGACAUCCGGCAUUCGCGAGAUAAGUGACGAUGAAAACAACGAAGAAGACAAGACUGCAAACGCAGCAGCAGCAGCAGCAGGAGAAACAACGGAACAAGGGGAAGAAGCGAAGGCUACAAAGUCUGUGCGUGUGGUGGCACCGCAGGAAGCCGGCCGUCUCGAGACAGCUGCUGCCAAUCCCAAUGGCGGUAUUCCAGACUUCUGGUUGACGGCUAUGUGCAAUACAGAAGUAUUUGAUUCCAUGAUUACUGAGCGUGAUCGUCAUGCCUUAACUUUUCUGCAGGAUAUUACUUUGGAGUAUGUGGAAGGUGAUCCACAGAAGGGUGUGCAGUUAAAUUUUGUUUUUGCACCAAAUGAAUAUUUCACAAAUACGGUACUCAGUAAGACGUUCCACAUGUCGUUUAACGAGGAUACUGGUGAGGUUGAGAUUGAUACCCUCAAGUCCACCCCUAUUGAGUGGACAUCACCAGAGAAAAACCUUACAAUCGUGAUUAAGUCUAAGAAACAACGCCAUAAGAGCAGCAAAAGCAUCCGUGUGGUGAAACGUGAAGAGAAGUGUCCAUCAUUCUUUGACUUCUUCACUAAUCCCUUCGGCGACGACGAAGACGAGGAGGAUGAGAACGCUGAUGACGACGACGAUGACGAUGAGGAGGAUGACGAAAAGGCUGAACUCCAGAUUGAGGCGGGACAACUUUUAAUGGAGGAACUCGUGCCCAAGGCGGCAUUCUUCUACACCGGCAAGUCUGUUGAACAGACAGCAAGGCAGUUACAGAGUCAAUUCGACUUCCAAAUGUUCGCUGGCGGUGAUGAGGAUGAGGAUGAGGAAGAUGAUGAGGAUGAAGAGGACGAUGAGGAUGAUCACGGUGCGGCGGGAGCAGGCGGGGCACGGUUUAUUCAACAGCGCGGUGGUCAGAGAGCACGCGGAGGCGCAGGUGCUGCACGGGGUGCUGGCAAGCAACAGGAAUGCAAACAGCAGUAA